GCUGCGUGCUAGUUGAGUUGUUCUAAACAAGAUGUGCAGGCACGCGUUCGUUGAGUAGUUAAAACACUCAUUAGCAUGUGGACAUGUCGGAGUUACGUUUAUUCUCUGUCACCGUCUUAAACAAGUUGGUAUUUUAUUGGGUGCGUUGAAUUUAUGGUUUAAUGUGACUGAAAGCGGAAGGUACGUUGUGUGGGUCGUUGUUGUUCCCCAGGGCGCUAGCUUGAUUAGCUAGCUAAGUUUCAUUGUUUACACACGCUUGAGUCGCGAGGGUGCAGGGCCCGGUGUUGCACUUCAUUCAGCGACCCCCUCCUCUCUGGGACCUUGUGACGACUUCCUGCUGCCAAAGACACGCUCCAACGUUUCUUUUACACACACAAAAGUAAAAUUAAGGAAUGGGAGGACGGGGAGGAAUACUGCACAGCCUACCUGUUAAGCGUAUUCUCAACAAGCCACAGAUUUUCCGCAGCGACCUUCGCACUGAUGUGAACGCCAGCCAGCUGCGGGCCGGACGAUCGCUGCAGACCAAAGUGCAGAGAAGCAGACACAAGAAUCUCUACGAUGUAAACCAUCAGCUCAAGGUCAAACCUGAUUUAAACACAACACUCCCAGUUCGACAGACUGCUUCCAUCUUCAAACAGCCAGUGACUAAGAUAACUAAUCAUCCCAACAACAAGGUGAAAACAGACCCUCAGAAGGCAGUGGAUCAACCAAAGCAACUGUUCUGGGAGCGGAAGCUGAGCGGGUUAAAUGCAUUCGACAUAGCAGAAGAGCUGGUGAAAACUAUGGACCUUCCCAAAGGCUUGCAGGGCGUCGGGCCGGUGUGUUCUGAUAAAACGCUCCUGUCUGCCAUUGCCAGUGCGCUGCACACCAGCCCAGCGCCCAUCACUGGCCAGCUCACAGCUGCGGUGGAGAAAAACCCAGGAGUCUGGCUGAACACGGCCCAGCCUCUCUGCAAGGCCUUUGUGGUGACUGAUGAUGACAUCAGGAGGCAGGAGGACCUGGUGCUGAAUGUGAGGAGACGACUUGAAGAGGCCCUGAUGGCCGACUCUCUUGCUCACAUAGAGGAUGUUGCUGCAGAUGCAGCAGACGACAAAGUGGAGAAGAAGACCGAGCUGCUGGAGGAUGAGGAGUUAUAGCCGAGGUUUGCUGAUAGACUCCAUAUACUAAAAAAAAAAAAGACUCCAUUUUGUUUCGAAUGCAGAAAAAAAAGAGAUCUUUAAAUUUUCCCUAACCCAAACAAAGACUGUCAUCUUUAUUGUUUUACAUUUUUACACUUGGUAGUGUAAUCCUAAAAGGGUGCUUUUUUUCCUUUACCUCUACUAAUGUAAGGCAGCUGUGGAAGAUGUUCAAUACAAUGCAGUGUUACAUUUAGUUUCCAGCUGUUUAACCUCAGUGUUGAAGUUACAAACCUCACAUAUGUGAAUUUGCGUGUUUUUAUAAUGUCGAUGUGGGUUCUGCAAAGGCUGUAUAUUUUUAACUGUUCUCCCAGAUUGCGUUGCUUUAUAUUUUACUGAUUCUGUAGGUGGUUUGUUAUACGGUGUGUUUCUGAAAGCAUAGAAAAGCUGCAGUAUUUUUAUACGAACACGGCACUCAUGUGGCCGUCAGUAAAAGACUGUCUUCUUCAAGUUUUACGGUUAGUUUUGUUCCUUAUACUAAGCCUGAGUCGUUAUAUUUGCAUUGUUUGCGUUCUUUUGCCAACAACAUUAAAGUUUAGAGAGUAACGUUAAAGAUUUGGAAAGACAAGUGAAAUUGUGCAACACCGAUGUACUGUACAUCCUUAUGCUAUUUUUGUUUGUGAAAUAAAUGCAGCUUCUUUAUAA